AUGGCCACGCCGGCCGUGCGCCCCGAGCUGCUGGCGCGCGCCGCGGCCAGGGUGGCGGAGGACAGGGAGAUCUCGCUGCUGCCGCCCCCCGCGCUGCACGGCCCAGAGAGGCUGCACACCUUGCAGCUCGACGGGGACGCCAGCGAGAGCGCACCGCCCGCCUCGCCACGGCAGCCG